UAAAGCAGCGGCCCAUAUUCCAAGUCCAAUGUGUGCCUAUUUCUCAUGAAGAAUUUGCAAGUGUAGUGAAGACUCAAAAACAGUGUCUUUGGGGUUUCGUACUGAGAAGAAUCAGCAUCUCUAAUUUGCAGCUUAUCGAUUCUCUCGUAUUCAGGUAGCCAGGGACUACACAAUCAUUAGCUGAAACACUGAUGGAGCUUCCUCCUACAUCAUCUUUUGGAUUGUCAUCAGAGUCCUUGGAACAAAGUGGGAAGCUGAUGGCAAACACAAAUGCGAAAGCACUAGCAACUUUCUCCCUGCAAAGCCCAAAUUCUUCACAGGGACCGGUGGCAAUUCUUUGGGACAUUGAGAACUGUCCUGUUCCAAGUGAUGUACGCCCUGAGGAUGUAGCUAGCAACAUCAGAAUGACUCUGCGGGUCCAUCCUGUGAUCAAAGGAGCAGUUACACUGUUUUCUGCCUAUGGAGAUUUUAAUGCUUUCCCGAGACGAUUAAGGGAGGGUUGCCAGAGAACUGGUGUUAAACUUAUAGAUGUCCCCAAUGGAAGAAAGGAUGCAGCUGACAAGGCCAUCUUGGUUGACAUGUUUCUUUUUGCUCUUGACAAUCCUCCACCCUCGUCCAUUAUGCUAAUAUCAGGAGAUGUUGAUUUUGCUCCUGCACUUCACAUUCUUGGUCAACGUGGAUACACUGUGAUCCUUGUCAUUCCUGCAGGGGUUGGUGUUUCGUCUGCUCUAUGUAAUGCAGGGAGGUUUGUAUGGGACUGGCCAAGUGUCGUUCGAGGCGAAGGUUUUGUGCCUCCUGCAAAGGCCUUAAUGCCUUGUCGUGGUGGUGUCUCAGACAUUACUGGGAUUCUAAUGGGGUGUUGCCAGAUUAAUGACAACCCAGAUGGUCAGCGUGAAGAUGAAGCAAUACUGUAUAGGGGCCUCUCACAAAGCUACUAUAAUGCAAGGGAAUUCUCAAUGAUAUCACAUUCUCUGGCUGAAUGUAAUACCACUGCAGUUUCCAUGCCAUGUUAUCCUACAGGUAUGAGAGCUCAUAAUCUUCCAUCUGGUUUAAUAGUUUCAGCUGGAUGUCCAUCUUCACAUGACCAGAGUGACUUGACAUGGGUGCAGCCUGGGGAUAUAAAUGGUUUGACGGGGCAGCUGGUGAAGUUGCUUGAAUUAUCUGGCGGCUGUUUGCCUCUUACACGUGUUCCUGCAGAAUACCAGAAAAUUUAUGGGAGGCCUCUUUACAUUUCUGAAUAUGGUGCAGCUAAGCUCGUGAAUCUUCUCAAGAAGAUGAGUGAUGCAAUUUCUGUCGGGGGGAAAGGCAAAAAGAAGUUUGUCUACCUCCAUAAUUUAUGUGCUGUACCAAGUGCUCCCCCCUUAACAAUAUUAAAAAGAGAUAACAAAGGAAAAGGAACACAAGAGGGAAAUGCCGAUAUUGUGACUGGGGUUGGAUCUUCAGAUGAGUUCUCUGAUGAUGAAAGAGGACUCAUAAAAGAGCAUGGGGAGAGCUGUGAGAAAUCUAAUAUGGGUGCAAUAGUUGAAAAAAACCUUGAAAAUUUCAAGUAUGAACUUCAAGAAAUACUUGUUAGCUACUCUUGCCGGAUUUUUCUUGGUUGUUUUGAGGCAAUAUAUCAACAAAGGUACAAGAGGCAAUUAGACUACGAGGGCUUUGGAGUGGUUGAACUUGAGCAGCUACUAGCAAAGGUGAAAGAUGUCGUGAUUGUGCAAGAGGAUCCAGUUAACAAGAGGAAGUUUCUGGCUGCUGUUGGUGCCUAGAAGUGAUUGCCGUUUAUUUCUUGACUAUUUACUAUCUUAACUUCCUCGGGACUUAUGCUGAGGUAUUUGUUGUUGCCACUUUGUCCUUGUCAUUUUUUGUUUUUGUUUUCUCUUCAUUAUGACAAAGAAAAGCUGAAGUCAUGUUUGUCAUUUCUUCUUCAUCAUGACUUAGUUUGUUGACUUUGUUCUAUAAUGUCAGAAGUUCCUAUGUAACACCAGAACAACGGGAGAUUUAUUUGUAUAUUUGUCUCUUGUUGCUUUCAUCUAAAUACAUUCUAGAAGGUGUACAUUAUUCAAGCUAGUUUGCGCAGGUGUGUUUUCCCUCUUCAUGGUACAUGUCAAUAAUGGGCAAGAUUGUAUAUAACUUGGAUCUGAAUUCUGCUUCUAAAUUCAGUGUGAUGCCUAUCUCUUCCCCAUUUCUUACCUAAGUCUAUGGAAUUAGCCAUAGUUUUCCAUAAGUGUUUUUGCUUUGGGAAAACACACUAUGAGCCUGUUUGGAUCGACUCAUUUUAAGUGUUUUUAAGUCAAAAUAACUUUUAAGCACUUUUGGAGUGUUUGGGUAAAUUAAAGUGCUUAUAAGCACUUAGUUUUCAGCUAAAAUGAUAAAAAUAAGCCAAAAUUCAUUGCAGGAUUUUGGCUUAUAAGUCAAAAGCUAAAAGCCAAUCCAAACAGGCUCUAUAGCUCAUCUCAUGGUUCUUCAAAACUCUUUGCCGCAAAGAGACCAUUUUCAAAGGUUAAGCAAUCUGAUUGUCCGAUUUGACUGAGCUUCUGUCCUCAUUUUACUUGAAGAGCUUUUCUUAGAUAUUAUAUUAUUUUGUUGUUAUUUUUUUAGACAGAUGAGAAUGAUCUCUUUCCAGUUUGUUUGAGUCAAUUUGGUGGGAGUAGUGACAGUCCUACCCUUUUGUCAAGGCUUUUAAGCUUAGCAGGGGAAAAGAGACGAGAACCGUAUCUAGUUUGCUCCAAAAAGUUUUUGCUUAAGCCUUGUCGCAUUGGAGGGAUGUUGAAGUUAGAGAAGGCCCCGUCUCCAUGCAAAAGCUCCCACAAUGGUGUCAAUUAUGGUAGUUCAGUCUUGCAAAAGUUGAAUCAUUUUUGCCACUUCUUUCAAUUUGUUUAUGGUUUGUGUACCAUAUUGAGGCUCCUGCAGAAGUCUGAUGGCAAAGAUAGUAAACUUCCGAUUGGAUAAUAAGGGAUAAAGUAUACAGGUCCCAAAUGUGAUUGAUAGCCUUAUUUUACUGUUAUCCCAAAUGAACUUCAGGUGCAAGUUGGAGGCAGCUAUAAAGGAUUGAAUCUGGUCGUGUGAACAUCUAAAUGGAUGGAGAUGCGCAACGAGCAUAACUGUAACAAGACUUAGUUGGACAUCAGCAUCAACAGCAUAUAGUCAUAGGGUCCAUAUGAUCAUGUCAUAGGCAGUAACUUGAACAGUCGGUCAAGGACUUGAGUCAUAUGGUUGCAUGCGCUUUGAUGUUGCUUCUUGAGGUGUGAAGUUUGUCAUGGAACUCCAACUGUUUUCACCCUUUGGAUUGUUUCAUUCUGCGGAGAAUGGUGGCAAUAGUUUAAUCACAUAGUUUGGGUAUUUAAGCUAGACGUGGGCUAGGAGCACUUGCUCCAUGUAACAGAUGCUUGCCACAUGCAGAAGCAUCAUAGAGAGGGUUUCGAAAGAAAAUUCUUUCCGAAGGUUCUGGUUUUUCAAGGAACGUGGUUUUAACAGCUUCUGUUGUUGUUUGUCAAUGUUAGCUUGGAGCUAUUUGUUUGCUUCUAUGUGAUUUGUUCUGUAAGGCGGACUAUGCUGUAUAUUUGAUUGGAAGGAUUGUUGUAUCUCCCUUGCAGAUGUUCAUUUGUCAGCAAAUUUUCAUAUGGUCUGUAUUUCUUGAACAUUAAACUGGUUUCUUCUUUCCUCCUCCCAUUGCAAGUUUAUUAUGUACAACUUAUGCAACACCCCUCCUUGUUCAGGCAAGGCUUGAGAAACCUUUUUCUAUACCCAUGUUUGACUGUAUAAUACUAAUGGCUUAUUUGUUAGCUUCA